AUGCGGUUCACCGAUCGAAACUCCCUUGUUGCUUCCAUAUUCCUCGCAAUACCUUCCUUCUCGUCCGCCUUCUACCUCCCCGGUGUCGCCCCAUCAUCCUACGACCAGGGUCAGAGCGUCCCGCUUUUUGUCAAUCAUCUGACACCCGGCCUCUCCCGAGAUGACCAACUUCACUCUGUCUUUUCAUACGACUACUACCAUCCGGCCUUUCACUUCUGUCGACCCGAAGAUGGUGCAAAGGAUGUGAGGGAAUCCCUGGGUAGUAUCCUGUUUGGUGAUCGCAUCCAAACCUCUCCGUUAGACUUGCACAUGGCUCAAGAUGAAGAAUGCAAAGCUAUCUGUGGAGAGGUAAAGUUUGAUGCUCGCAGCGCCAAAUUCGUCAACCGCCGGAUUUCCCAGGGAUACAAUAUCAAUUGGCUUGUGGAUGGACUGCCAGGAGCGCAGUUGAACAUGGACGAAAACACCCAAACCCAGUUUUACAGCCCCGGUUUCGCUUUGGGUGACCUGGACGAAAAUGGACAAGCUGUGCUGAACAACCACUUCAACAUUCUUAUCGACUAUCACCGUGUCGGAUAUGGUGGCAAGGACAAGCUCCGUGUGGUGGGUGUCCUUGUCCAGCCCGAGUCGCGCGCUGAUUCCAAGCUCUUGGAUGACGGCACAGCUCACUGUGGCACCAAGGGAACUUUCGUCACAUUGAAUGAAGAUGGGGAGGGUGAAACUCCGGUCACCUGGACCUACAGUGUUCAAUGGAAGGAAUCUUCUACAGCUUGGGCCACCCGGUGGGAUAAAUAUCUUCAUGUCUACGACCCGAAGAUCCAUUGGUUCUCCCUCAUCAACUCCGCUGUCUUUGUUGUUUUCUUGGUGGGCAUGGUUAGCAUGAUUCUUGUCCGCGCUCUCAAAAAGGACAUUGCCCGUUACAACCGGUUGGAUUCAAUCAACCUGGACGAUUUGGAUGGGACCUCCGCUGCUGUCGAAGAUGGAAUCCAAGAGGAUUCAGGAUGGAAGUUGGUCCACGGUGACGUUUUCCGAUGCCCCAAGUCCCCUCUUUUGCUUAGCGUAUUGCUGGGAAAUGGUGCCCAGCUCUUUAUGAUGACUGGUGUGACCGUCGCAUUCGCACUACUUGGUCUCCUCUCUCCCGCCAAUCGUGGAUUUUUGGCUACUGCCAUUCUCUUGAUCUACGCCCUCUUCGGUGCGAUUGGUGGAUACGUGUCAUCGCGUGCCUAUAAGUCCUUUGGCGGCGAGGCCUGGAAGCGCAACAUCAUCAUGACUCCCUUGCUGAUACCUGGAUUCAUCUUUUGCACUUUCUUCCUGCUGAACCUGUUCGUGUGGGCCAAGGGUUCCAGCGGUGCUGUCCCUUUCAGUACUAUGCUAGCUCUAGUUCUCAUUUGGUUCGUCAUCAGCGUUCCGUUGAGUGUUGCCGGCAGCUGGGUUGGAUUUAGGCAAAAGGCUAUUGAGGGUCCGACAAAGACUAACCAAAUUCCCCGCCAAGUGCCUCCAAUGGUUGGCAGUCUUCGAACUAUCCCAUCUAUUCUCUUAACGGGUAUCCUGCCCUUUGGUGCCAUCUUUGUGGAGCUCUAUUUCAUCAUGACUUCGCUCUGGACCAACAAGAUUUAUUACAUGUUUGGCUUCCUCUUCCUGUGCUACGGUCUGAUGAUCAUCACGUCCGCGGCCACCACCGUUCUACUGGUGUACUUCUUGCUGUGCGCGGAGAACUACCGGUGGCACUGGCGUGCCUUUGCUGGUGCUGGUAUGGCCGGUGGAUAUGUAUUUCUGAACGCGCUUAUAUUCUGGGCUACCCGAGUAAGCUUUGGUGGCAUCACCGGAGCUGUGCUUUAUGUGGGCUACUCGGCCUUGAUUGGUUUUGUUGUUUUCAUUCUGACAGGCUCUAUCGGUUUCUUCGCCAGUUGGGCAUUUGUGCAACGUAUCUACGGGUCCAUCAAGGUGGAUUAA